CCGGCUACCGCCUAUCGGCUGCGUGAUACGUCAUGUUUUUAUGUAGUGUAAAAGAUGGCGUCGACGGUGUGUGUUUCGAGGUGCCGACUCUUAUCAAAAUUAGAAAUAAAUCGUGGUUUGUGUUUAUCACCAAUAUUUAGGGAUUUGUUGUAUAAUAAAGAAUCGUGGUGUUGGAGAUGGCGGCCUACUCGACGCACUUUCUUUACAAGCGUUUGCGUUCAUGGAUCAAAGUCAUCACCCACAAAGAUUGAAGAAAAACUUGACGAGGUGUCGGUGACGUAUCGUCGUGGUCUGCCAGUCAUAACUGUGCCUCUGCCGUCGCGUCGUGAGAAAUGCCGCUUCACGUUGCGGCCCGUGUCACAAACUGUUGGAGAUUUAUUGGAACAGUUAAAGGCAGAAGAUCGCGGUGUCGAGCGCGCUGUAGCGAUAGCGGCUGACGAACGUGUGCGCAUCGCAUCAAGCGACACGGUGGAGGCUCUAUUGGAGAACGACUUCAGAAUAGUCAUCAAUGAUACCGAGUAUUAUGUCAAGAGUCCACCUCAGGAACGUCUUAGUGCUGAGGAAAUAACACGUUUAAGUGACGUCAGGAAUCUCGUGAACCAAUUAUACGAAGCACUCAACGUUCGUGAGCAUCAGAUUAAGAAAGAGAGAGAGUUGAGAGCGCAACUUGAGAAGCUCUCCACUGAACUGCAGCCGUUAGAAGAGAAACGGAUGUCCCUAGAAGUAGAGACGACACGAAAGACCUCCUUACUGACAUGGGUGGGCUUAGGUCUUAUGGGAGUCCAGUUUGGAGUCCUAGCCCGAUUGACCUGGUGGGAAUACUCCUGGGACAUCAUGGAACCUGUGACCUACUUCGUAACAUAUGGCACUGCAAUGGCUGCCUAUGCAUACUUCGUUCUAACUAAACAGGAAUAUGUCCUGCCAGAUGUAAAAGACAGACAGCACCUCAUUACUCUGCACAAGAAGGCGAAAAAGAUUGGUCUCGAUAUUAAUCAAUAUAAUCAUCUUAAGGAUGAGAUUGACAAACUCCAAAAGGACCUAGCCAAGCUCCGUGAUCCCUUAAACAUCCACUUACCAGCUGACUUAAAAACUGAGAGCGCCAGACGAUCGCCUCUCACGAAAAUCAAAGAUAUGAUAGAGGAGACAUCAAAGAAAAUCAAAAUGACGUAAUAAAAGCGCUCAACGCGUCCAGUGAUGCGUAUAGAUUAAGUGUUUGUUAUUCGAAUUGUUUACUGUGUCACCCGUACAAACGCUCCGAUGAGAAAAUUCCAUACAAAUCAAUGUUUAUAAUGUCCUUAAUGCUAAAGAUAAAAAAAUUAAAACAUGUGUUGUUAUAUAGUUAUCGUGAUAUCUUGAAAUUUUUUUUUUAAUUUUGAUGAUAAACACGUGAAGAAUAAUUUCUAAAAUCAUAUUAACACGUAAUUACAUUAAACUCUUACUGUCCAUUGCUAACAUGGCGUGUGACUGUAUACAUCAGUGACACAGUAUACAUUUCGACGGCAUUUUAGAUAAUUUUUGCUGUUGUUGAAAUAGUUUUCGAAAGAGGCUCGCCAUUAACAAUUUAGUUUACUAUAAACAGAGGCACGAAUGUAAAAAUGUAGCUGUCUCUUUCAUGUAUGUAUGGCACAGACAGAGAUAGCAACGUUUUGAAAGCUCCUAUUUUGGAAUCGUAAUAAUAAUUAUACUUUUAAUAUAAAAAUCUUGCCCACUGAACUGUCUUAAAAAAUUAAAUUGACGAAAUAAGUUUUCUAGUGAAAUUCUAACAAAUAUGUAAGUAAAGUAUGAUUAAUUUUAAAUUUGCACAAAAUAAGCAAAAUAUCAGUCUUACGCCCGUAUUCUAGAAAGCCAAUAUAACGAGACGAAAUAGUGGAUUCGAAAUAGAAUAUGAACCUUGGUUAUUGAAAUCUCAAUCAGGAUUUUUAUAUAUACUUAUGUAAUAUAUACGUAAUUACAUGAUGACAUCAUAAAUAUGCUACUGUGAAUUUUAGCUUUUGUUAUUUGACUCAAAAAAAAAUACAAAAUGGUUGUUACAAUUUACAGUAUAAUAAUAUUAAAAUAAAGCUUAAAACACAGCACACAUUCAUUAUAUAAUCGCUUAUACGCUGUACCUAUAAUAAUCUUGCACAAAAGUACCAUUAUAUUGUGGUCAAUUUAAUAAAUAAUUUAUAUAAUAUGUAGUUAAAAAAUUAUAUUUUAUUGUUAAUUAAAUUUGAUAUCUGCUCGGCGCCAUUUUGCUAACUCCCUGUGUCAAGUCGCAUUUCAAGUAAUACAAGUCACGUGAUCGUUGAAAAUUUAUCGAAAGAGGUUUUUCUAUACGACAGUCAAGUCAAGUCUUGACAUAUGUCAAGUAAGUGAAACAAGUCAUCUGCCAAUGUCAGCUGUCAAGUGUAGUAUCGUUUUGAGUUAGCGCAAUGCGCGCCACAGUACGUUGCGCCUGAGUUAAUAAAUAAAAUCGCUAUUUUACCCUUUAAGUAAACCGAGAUUUUUUAUUAACUUAUGUCACAGAAUAUUAUAUUUACAAAAACGUAUUAACUAGUAUUAAUAAGUGUGCUCAUAUUUUUUCUAUAUUUGUUUUAACAGAUCUGAUACUUUAAUCCGCGCCAAAAUUUAUUCACAUUUUUAUUAUUAUUAAUAUAAAUGUUAUUUUUUAAAUAAUUUAUUAGUUGAAGUAAAAAGCUCAGAAUAAGUUACUAUUUAUCAAUUAAGUUAUAAUCUAGUCUUAAAUAGAAGUCAUUCUUUGCCUAGAUUCUUGUAAUUUAUCUGUAAUAGAACAAUUUUGAUCUUAAUGACAUUUAUGAUUAUAUGUCCGUGGAAAUCAAGUGUACAUGUGUGUAUUAAUAUUAACUCAUACUUUAUUAGCGAAAACGAUUUUUUUCGAUGCUAUACGCAUCAAAAUUCAUUGACUGGACCUUGUCAACUGCAAUCCUAUCGAAGUUAAAUUGGAAGAAUCGAGGCCCUGAACAGAAAAACUCAAAUAUAAUAAACUUUUAAAUGGUCUGUUCCUAUAAUUACUUGCCCGUUUAUUAAUAAAAAAAAUCUUUCAAUCACUUGUUUAAAACAACACGUUAUAAAUCAUUUAUAUGUUGUUAAGUUUAUUUUAGAAUAAUUGUCAACACAACAUUUUAACAUAGACAACGUUUAAUAUGGUACUGUCAACUUUUCUGACUAGAUGGCGCGCGCUGUCAUUUCUCUAUGGAAUUUAUGUCAGAUGAGUGGCACCUGUCUAUCUUAAAAAGACAAAUUCGCACAAAUGUAUGGUGCGUAUGAUUAUUUAAAUUUUAUAUUGUGUUUGGGUAUCCUAUUGAAGAUUGUGUACUGAUUUUUGGUUUUAUUAAAGUUCUAUAA